AUGGCGACUCUGAGAAAUUGGCUGUUGCGGAGCGUCUCCUCCUUGAGGUACAGACAACAUGUUCCUAUUGUGGCUAACUUUAAGAAGCGCUGCUUCUCAGAAUUGAUAAGACCGUGGCACAAAACUGUGGCAGUUGGAUUUGGUGUAACCCUGUGUGCAGUUCCUAUUGCACAGAAAUCGGAGCCUCAUUCUCUUAGUAACGAUGCAUUAAUGCGGAGGGCCGUGUCCUUGGUAACAGAUAGCACCUCUACCUUUCUCUCUCAGACCACGUAUGCAUUGAUUGAAGCAAUCACUGAGUAUACUAAGGCUGUUUAUGCCUUAAUUUCUCUUUACCGGCAAUACACAACUUUACUUGGGAAAAUGAAUUCACAGGAGGAGGACGAAGUGUGGCAGGUGAUUAUAGGAGCCAGAGUUGAGAUGACUUCAAAACAACAAGAAUACUUGAAGUUGGAAACCACCUGGAUGACUGCAGUUAGUCUUUCAGAGAUGGCAGCAGAAGCUGCGUACCAAACUGGAGCAGAUCAGCCCUCUCUAACCGCCAGAAACCACAUUCAGCUGGUGAAGACGCAGGUGCAGGAGGUGCGCCAGCUCUCCCGGAAGGCCGAGACCAAGCUGGCCGAGGCGCAGACGGAAGAGCUCCGCCAGAAGACACAGGAGGGAGGGGAGGGGAGGGCGGGGCCGGAGCAGGAGGCUUACCUGCGGGAGGACUGAGGGCUGGGCCCACCGCCCACGUCCGCUCACCCAGUGGGGCAAGCCCGGGUGGGCGCCCUCCAGCCCAGGGCUCGGCGCAGCUUGACCUGUGCAGAGAAGAGGCCCGCGGGCCUGCAGCCUCUGUGACUUGUGAGUGCCCGACCCCUUCCCCCCGUGGGCUCGGGCUUGCACUGGACCUGGGUCUGCACCCCGUUUAACAUUUCGCCCCACUCAGCACAGCUGCCCUCUCCCCCACUGAUCUUACCUCGUACCCAAAAGCAUCUCGCCAGCAGGGCCAGAGAGUGGGGCACCUUUUUGUCAUGCCCAUAAUUUCAGUGGCUGUUUAACCUCAAGUUUUCGACCUUAUUCAGGUUUUCAAAUACAAUUUAGUAUUUGCUCUCUCCAAAGGGGUCUGAGCUUUUUUGUUGGGGGAGGGGGCUGUCCUGUUUGUAGGGUUUCUUUCUGUUUCUAAUGCCUUUUCUGUAAGGACAGCUCAGGCCAAGGAGUCAGGAGUCUGUUGAGGGAAUGAGUGCAGUGAUCACUUGAUGCUCUCAGCAGGACUUGCUCUAACACAUGCCUCUCCUUUCUUUCCUUUGAGUAUUGUAUCCAAAGAAGAAAAAUAAACUUUUUUUU